GGGGCGAGCCGCUCGCGGGCGGAGCAUGGCCUGGGAGGGGGCGAGGCCUCCCGAAGCAGCGGUGCGGCCACGUCCCACGGUCCCCCUCUUCCCCGGGAAGCCGCCCCGGCUGGGAGAUCCUCAGGGCUGCGGACAUGUCCGAGGUGAAGAGCCGGAAGAAGCCGGGGCCCAAGGGGCCUGCCGCCGAGCCCGAGAAGCGGAGCGACGGCGGGAAGAACCUCGAGGCGCGGGGCGGCGCGGGCUGGGCGGACCCCCGCACGGGGCUCAGCCUGCUGUCGCUGGCCACCAGCCUGGGCCUGGCCUGGCUUCUAUUUCAACAAUCAGAAAAGUUUGUGAAGCUGGAAAACCAAUACCGGUUACUGCAAAUAGAAAGCAGCGACUUUCAAGGACUACAGAGUAAAAUCAGUUUAAUUUCAAAUAAGCUUGCGUCUACUGAAAGUGUCCUGCAGGAAGCUACAUCAUCCAUGUCUUUGAUGACCCAGUUUGAACAGGAAGUAUCUGGCCUCCAAAGAUCCAUUCGUGACAUUGAGAAUAGUGAAGAGAUGCUCACACAAAAGAUGCAAAACCUUAAUGAGAAAUUCCAGAACAUUACAGUCUUCUGGGAGAGAACACUGGCAGAAAUGAGUGAUAAUACAGCCAUUUUUAAAUCAGAAGCAAAGCAUGUACAUUCUCAAGUUACCAUGGAAAUUAAUUCAGCUGAGCAAGAAAUAAAAUUGCUCACUGAACGACUGAAAGAUUUAGAAGACAGCACACUACGGAACAUCAGAACAGUGAGCAGGCAGGAAGAGGAAGAUCUUCUGCGAGUAGAGGCUCAGCUUGGCUCUGCUACAAGAGCAGUCGAGAAGCUAGAGGAAGAGCAGCACACACUCCUAGCCAGGGAUGAAGAUCUCACUAGUAAACUUUCCAACUACGAGCCCAAAGUUGAAGAGUGCAAGGCACACUUGCCAGCUAUAGAAAAUGCAAUCCACUCUGUUCUCAGGGUCUCUCAGGAUCUCAUAGGGACAGAAAAGAAAAUGGAAGACCUGACUAUGCAAAUGUUUAACAUAGAAGAUGAUAUGCUGAAGGCAGUGUCUGAAAUCAUGGAGAUGCAGAAGGCUCUUGAGGGAAUUCAGUAUGACAACAGCAUAUUAAAGAUGCAGAAUGAACUGGUGGCUCUAAAAGGAAAAGUCCACGAUUUCAUAGCCUAUUCGAGUGCAAGAGAAAAGGGGACUCUAGGAAAAUAUAGCCUAGAAAAUAAGGGAACUGAUGGCUCUUAAAUUUACUCACAUCUGAUGGGCUGUAUUAUUAAGUGGAACUCAGUCAGGUCUACAUGCUUUUAUUGUUUUGCUGUGCCUCACUUUACUCAAGAAUAAGUGGAGUAUGCAUAUAAUCAAACUUUUAUCUCUUUAAGCUCUAAAACUUCAUAGGAAGUUCUUAGGAAUUGUAUGUAAAAUAAAAGGUAAUGCCUGCAGAAGAACCUGGGCCUCUUCUGUGAGGUAACGCCAUGUUCUGAAAACUAUGGUGCCUGAGAAGUAUUUUCCUUUUUGCAAAGGUUCUAAACUGUGUUGCAAUUACUUAGAAGAAGUUUAAAAUAUGAGCAAAUAUGUUCUUGUUUUGUCCUCAUCAAUGGCCUUUUCUAGUAACUGGUUAUGCUCUGAAGUAUGAGCUUACAGAGUAGCUUUGUUACCUGGACUUCUAUUUCUCAAGUUUGAACUGUGUGACACUAGAGUUUACUAAAUACAAAUAAUAGAUGCCUAAAAUAAAAAUAUGCCAAUAGGCCUGUUUUAAAGAUAAAAACAACAUAAAUUGUGGUGAUUAUUACAUAUUUAUAUCAUUGUUUUAUUUUAUUUUUUUAAAUAUGGCUGGAACUAGGUGUGGUGGUGCAUGCCUUUAAUACCAGCACUGCAGAGGCCAAGGCAAGCAGAUCUCUAAGUUCAAGGUCACCCUGAUCUACAUAGUGAGACUGUCUUGAAAAAGAAAGAAGAAAGAAAUAGGGCUAGGAGAUAGCUCAGCAAGGGAAGUGCAUGUGCUUGCUGUGAAAGCAUGAGGUCCUGAGUGUGAUACACACAGUGACUUAAAAAGCUGGCUCUAGUACCACCAGCACUGGAAGACAGAGACAGAAUGCAAAUAUUGCAUGAGAAAACCAUUAAAUAUGUGUGUCUAUGUAUUCCUGUACUAAGAAAUUUGCCCUGGAGCACUGUUUGUUCUUGCAGAGGACUUGGGUUUGAUUCCCAGCACCCACAUGAUGGCUCACAGCCACCUGUAACUCAGCUUCCAGGAUAUCGGCACACUUUUCUGACUUCUGUAGGCACUAGGCAUGGCACGAGUGUGGUACACUAACAUAUAUACAGGCAAAACACUCGUGCAUAAAAUAAAUGGUGCAUAAAAUAAAUGUUUUUAAUUUCCUACUUAUCAAAAUUGUCAUUGGAGAGAUCUAGAUCUAUUUAAUAAGCUUCCUUUGUUUCUGUUUUGUUUGAGACAGGGUCUCAGUGUGUAGCCCGGGUCAGUCUUAACUCACCAUCUUCCUGCUUCUGCAUUUUGGGUAACAGGGAUUACAGACCUAUGUAAUGGCACAGAGCUUCAUUUUAUUGUGUUUUACAGAAAUAGACAAACAUUCUAACACACACUUUUGUAUUCUGUAAUUGAUAAUAAAAUUUAUAUUGGUUAGCUUA